AUUGUGUUUACUUAAGAACAAAUCGCUUGCAUCGCUAAAAAGAUACACAAAACAAGCUUUUGAAGGCAUAAAAAUGCUUUGCUAGGCUUGCCAGAGAGUACUCACAGCGGACGCCUUCGUUGGCUUGUGGAACUGGACCGUGUUUAUUGAAUCGUGUACGUUUUAAAGGAAUCUCCAAAGGGAUGAUGCCCAACUUCUACGAUGGCUCCCGUCCCACGAUGGUACCCACCAGCUCCAAUCUGCCGGUACUACUGGGCAAUACCGUCAAUCAAGGAGAUGCAAACUCCAAGAAGUUGGCACACUUUGAUCUCGAAGCAACUCUGCAGACAAUCGAUAAUGAGGUGCUCGACGGUGAGGAAGGCAGCUGUCCGAUAUGCAACAAAACUUUCAGCCGUAAAACCUCUCUGCUCAACCACAUCCGUAAUCACUCGGCGGAAAAGAAAUAUGUUUGCGAAUUUUGUCAAAAAGGAUUCACCCAGCAAGCUAACCUGCGUAACCAUGUUCGAAUUCACACGAACGAACGGCCAUACGUUUGCGUCGACUGUGGGAAAGCCUUUACUCAGAUUACCAAUCUGAAUAAUCAUAGACGAUUGCAUACGGGCGAAAGACCGUACGUUUGUAUAGAAUCUAACUGUGGCCGCUCAUUUGCUCAGGUCACAAACUUAAAUAACCACAUGAAAACACACCACAAAACCACCCUGUACGUAUGCAAUCAGUGUCCGCGCAAAUUUAGCCAAGUUACUCAAUUGAACCUUCAUUUAAUUACCAACCACAGUUCGACUAGAGGAUUUUUCUGUCCGCAGUGCCCCGAUAAAUCUUUUAAACAGCAGUCCCAUCUGCAGCAGCACAUGAAAAUACACGGGACCAAUUUUGGUUACUCGUGCACCAAGUGCGAGGAAAAGUUCAUACAAGAAUCUCACCUGCUGCUGCAUAUGAAGCAGCAUGGCGAUUAUGCCUGCACCAUGUGCUCUAUGACAUUUAACGACGAGGUGCUGUUGAAGAAGCACGUGCAAAGGCACGUGGACGGGAGAUAUCUCACCUGUCCCGUGAUCAGCUGUAGCGAGGGUUUCACGAUGAAGAAUCACCUCACAAAGCACAUGCAGAUGCAUCAUCCCGCUGUCGAUCUCAAGAAGCUGGGCGCUCAGCCCGGUGGCAAUAAGGCACCGAAACACUUCUGCCACUAUCACAACUGUAACGAUUCGUUCGACACGGCGGACGGGUUGAGCAAUCAUUUGCGCAUUGCACAUGGGCUUCCGAUCGCGCUACCACUUUCACUGCCAGUGGACGACAAGAAGCUCAUCCAGCACGGUCUGCAUGGGUUGAAUGGGAUCGAAACGCCUCCACCGCCACCCCAUCUGCUACAUUCGCAGCUGCAUCCGGCCGCCACUGUGAUGAAUGCCAGCUUCCAGUCAUAUCAGAACCAGAUCAAUCAGGCAAAUCAACAGCAGCAAGCGAACACCGGCAAUGGAGACACCAAGCAAAAGGUUCUAUCUGUGUCGGAACUGCUUAAUAUAAGCGAGCAAUUGAACCAACAGCAGCAACAAGUGCAAUCCCAUCAUCAGCAACAGCAGCAGCAGCAGCAGCAACAGCAGCAACACCUUCAUCAACAGCAGCUUCAUCUGCAGCAACGACCAGACAUGGCCAUGAAAGUCGACAUCGAUCAAACCCUUGACGACAAAAUGAGCAAUUUCAAUAGAAUUAAAACGGAGCUGCAGGCCAACAUGCUGGCCCAGACGCAAAACUUGUUCGGCAUCUCCAACACGCUCAACAACACCUUCAACGUGCAGCCGAAACUGAUCUGCACCUAUUGCUAUAACGUCUUCAAGACGCCCCAAACCUUAUCGCGGCACAUUGAAAAGUUCCAUAGCUAAAUGCAAGAUUCCAGGGAUGGCCAUAAAAACCGACUGAUUUCGGGCGGUCGGUGUGGAUUUUUGGUUUGUUUUUAGUUAGUUAUUUCAUAUGUCGCCCGUAUCUUAAGCCCCCUCAAAUGGCCAUAUAGCAACAAAAAAAAAGGAAAAGCGCACGCCCGAUAUGUAUUCGAAUGUAAAGUCUCACUUGUAAAGUGGUUCAGUGUCGAGCAUUUCUUCUCAGUAGAACGAACACGCAGCAGCUAACGAUUACGAUUAAGUUUUUUAGUAUACGUACGGCCCGCCAGGAUAGUGAGUAGCAUUACAUUACUUAACAGUCAGUCUCCCCCCAUCUGUUUAGUCUUCUAUCUUUAGUAGACCGAAUGUUGUGUUGUACAAAAGUGUAAUAAAUGCCCCGAAUAGAGUGUGUGUGUGUAUCGCAAACCAAUAUAAGCUGUAGUAUUUCGCAUGGGUGUGUCCUCAAACACCCAAUAGGCUUUUCAGUGUUUUAGGAACCGAGCGAUGUGAAAGGGCAAUGAUUUAAAUAAAUGAAAAGGAAAGCGACUACGAAAAAGUACAAAACUGAACAAAACCAUUUUUAAGGAACAUUAUUAGGUGGCAAGAGGAUAUCAAAAUAAAGCAAGUAGGGCAUAGUGAAACGUAACAGAACAAAAAGAAUGACAAAUAUUUUCUACCUUCAGUUACAACUAUGUUUACUAUUGCCCAGUUGGUAAUGAGUUGACGAUGUAAUAAUUGGGGCAGAAGAGAUAACUUUUAACAUGAUAUUAGCGAUCAUUUGUUGUUAGAAAAAAGAAGGAAAAACAAAAAAAACUCUAUAAGCGCACCUUUCUGAAUGUUUGAUUCGUCAGCCGCUCGGUCGU